CGAUAAACUUGUUGCACUUCAUACAUGAUAACAGGGUGAGUGAUUGUAAGGUGAACAUGGUAGUUGGGGAAAAAUAAAAAAAAGAAUUCCUGCCACUUUCAGAUUCUCAAAUAAAUUCUUUGGGUCAUCUGAGAGAAUUGAAUGUAACUGAUGCAGCUCCCUUGACAUUUUCACAUCAAAUCUGGCUUUACUGGCGUGUUUGGGUCCAUGUAAAUAUAACAAUAUGAAAAGAUUAUUGGUGAAGACUCCUAAUGGCCUACUCGCUAGGAAAACAGAUUCUAUGCUUGUCGUCUACGUUUCGUUCUUUUGAGGCUUCUACAUGUAUUUAACGCGCCCUCAUUUCAAUUGUGCUCUUUCCGCUCUAUGGAUUUGAGAAAUUUUUUCAGCAGAUGGAACUCUAGUUUGAGCUGGCUUUCUAGAACUUCAGCAAUAUCAUACAGUGGCGUGCUUGUUUGGAAAUACCGCUGUUCCUCUGCAUCAGUAGGUGAAAAUGGAAGUCCCAUCCGAUGUAAAAAUGCAUUUUGUUGGUGUGACAUUACAAUUAACGAGGACCAGACACUCAAAUGGACAAGAAGGUAUUUGUUUCAGCUAAGAAACAAAUGCCAACAGAUGAAGAAAAUUGUUGCUAAGCAAACAAACUUCUGGUACCACCCUAAGUGUUGGUUUCUUAAGUAUCUUAAGUUAGGAUGUCCUGUAGGCAGCUAGCAUGUGUGCCAUGUGCAUGGAUGAUGCUAUACAUUAACUGUAAGAUAAAUGAUGAUUAUGUCACUGUUAGUUUUGUAUGUUAUUUCCUUCUGAACCCUUCACAUCUUCGUUUCCGUUGGGGCUUUAAAUGACUUGCAAGGAAGAUGUGCAUAACCGAGGUAAGGAGUAUGAUCUGGAUUGUAUUUCCUACGGAAACAGCCAUUUCCCUUAGUUAGGUGAGGAAUGCUGUUUUUGGUAACUUUUCAACUUUUUAUGACGUAUGCUAAUCUUCAUCCUAGAGCUCGUCAUCUCCAAUCCCGCUUGUUGAUGCGUCAGAUUUUAAGUGAUUUCAUAUAUCAACCACUUAAAAUACAGUCACUUAUCUGUCAAAUGGUAAACGACUAGGGAUCAAAAACUUUAAGAUGAAGAAAGAGAAUUUCUCAAGGGAACUGGCUUCUUUACUUCUCUGCAGCUGAUUCUGGCUGCUGCUAUGAGUUGAGUUCAAGUUCUAAAGGUUAGGUUUUCUUAGUGCUGAUUACUUAAAAAAGACGGCAUUGUCACACUGCAGAAAGUUGCAGCCUAAGCUAUAUACAACCUACUUGGGUUGAGAAAAAGUGUACGAAAUAAAUAAUAAAGCAUGCAAAAUGAAGAAAAACGUAGAAAGAAAGCGAAAUAUCUAUGUCCAUUAAAAAGGCAAGAAAACAGAGAAAUAGAUCAAAAACAAUGUGGGUGGAUGUGGCAAUUGCUAAGACUAUAAUUGAGCAUAGGAAUCUGGUAAAAGUUAAAAAGAAAGAUUUGCUUUACAGAUCUGAAAAAGGACGGUUCAGGAUCUUCCUAGUCUUAAUAAAUGAAUGCGUAAACAUUAACCUUUUAACAAGUAGUAAGAUUUGAAGUGUGAUACAUCCACAGCAUUAUUACUGGAAAAAAGGCAUGCAACCUUAAUGGAAAACACCAUCAAAUAUAGGUACAAGAAUUUUAGGACUUGUAGUUCCUAUGGGUCCUGGUGAAAUCGGUACAAAAAGGGGGUGUGAUAUAACUCUGAUAGGUCAGAUGCUUUGUGGAAAUGAUGGCCUAUGUGCAUAGCAGCUUAGUUUUGUUCCUACUUUAAGUUACUAUUUUUGUCUCAUGUGAUAAAUGAAGCAUGCUGCUGCACGAGGGAUUGAACACAGCUUCACUGACUUUCUUAAGAUUGAAGACUCUUCGACAAAAAGAGCACUAGUUUCACGAGGGAGAUCUAUUUCCGAGCUUUUGCACCUAAAAAAAGAGAGAACCUUCAGCUUCACAACAAAGGAGUCAUCAACUCAUCAUAUUUCCCUUCCCAAUUCUUGAAAAUUAUCUUUCUUAAAGGCGUGUAAAUUAUCAGUGUGGUUGUCGGUACAGCUUUAAAUUCCAAGUGGGAGUAGAUCACAGAACCAAAAAAUAAAGACAAAUAGCAGCAGUUCCCAGGUGCGGCGUUCGGCGGAAAAAUAAUGGUAUUAAAACCUCAAAAAUCAAACUUAAUAAAAAACUUUACAGAUCAAACAAAAGAAACUCCAGAAGCCAAAUAAUACGAAGUUGGACCAACCCAUCUGAAAAAACUAUCCUCUCAUUGCAUUAACCAUUAAUAAAUGUUCCCUCAGAACCCUGCAGUUAGACCAUCCAUGUCCCCCGCUCACACCCCUUAUAAGGACCCUCUCUUUGUACCUUUAGACCCCCAAUACCCCACUUCCAUACCCAACCCCAUAACCCCCCCAAGUUUCUCAUUUUGCACCAUUUCCCAGUGUGCUCGUGUGCCUAAAAUUUUAUAUCUCAGUCUGUCUAACAUACAGACACACACCCUCUCUCUCAUUCUCUUUCUUUCUUUGAUUUUCUCUCUCUGUUUUCUACCAUGGCAUCUGAGGCUGGGGCUGGGACUGGAACUGGCUCGCCUUGCGGGGCAUGCAAGUUUCUUAGGCGAAAGUGCGCAUCAGAUUGUAUCUUUGCGCCUUAUUUUUGCUCGGAGCAAGGCCCUGCAAGAUUUGCAGCCAUUCACAAGGUGUUUGGUGCUAGCAAUGUAUCCAAACUUUUGCUGCACGUCCCGGUUCAUGAUCGGUGUGAGGCUGUUGUCACAAUUGCCUAUGAAGCUCAAGCACGGAUUAGAGACCCCGUCUAUGGAUGUGUAGCCCACAUUUUCGCCUUGCAACAGCAGGUGGCGUGCUUGCAAGCACAAUUGAUGCAAGUGAAGGCUCAGCUGGCUCAAAGCGUGAUCGAUCCGAGGAGCAUCGAGAAUCAGUGUCCAGGGAAUGGGGUGCCAGUGGUUCCAAAUUAUCCAAUUUACAUGAAUCCCAUUUCCCCUCAGAGCUCACUGGAGUCAAUUGACCACAGCAAUGACGGGAGGAACAUGCAAGAAAUACAAAGCAGAGAAGAUUGCUCAUUCCAACCUUAUUCUAAGAAAAGACCAUAUAACAAUGACUUGGGUUUGGGUGAGCUUCAGGAACUGGCCCUCAGAAUGAUGAGGAACUAAUUCCAUCAUUUCUCUUUGAAGCAAUAUGAUCAUGUUGAGGUUGAUAAUGGGGAUGAGGAUGGUCUGUGUCCAGAUGCUGUAUAUACUGAGACUAUCUAAGAAACUUGGAAUGAGUGGUGGCCUAAAAUAGGCAUAUCCUCUUUCCUUGUUCUUUUUGUCUUCCAAUCAACAGAAUUGAUUUAAACCA